AUGUCCCUGGCCAGCCCUGUCUUGCGCUCGGCCGUCCCGAAACUGCUGCAGCAGGCCGAAGAGCGUCGGCUGCGACAGGGCCGCCUGCUGCUCGUCUCGCUGCUCGAGAACUUUUGUGUCCUUUAUGACCAGUCGCCCGACCGCAAUCGCCGUCUGUUCUUUGCGAUCUGCAAGCAGCUCUCGGCGAUGGGGGUAAGUCUGUCGCCCUGGGAAUCAUCCAUGUCGACAUCGUCGUCGUCGGCGUCCCAAGUCCCAAACAGCCUGGUCUUGGCUCGAUCCAUGCCCGCGCGGUCGGCGACCACUUUCUUCUCGCCCAUCACACACGACUUUUCGGAUAUUCUCGAUCUUCAGGUCUCCCGCUACCGCGAGGACUUCCAGGAGAUCCGCGUGCUCGGCCACGGAGCCUUUGGCGUCGUUUGCUGCGCCCGGAACAUGCUUGACUCAAUGGACUAUGCCGUCAAGAAGAUCCGGCUCCGAGCGGGCCGCAAAGCAAAACUGGAAAAGAUCCUUCGAGAGGUCAAGUUCCAAGCCCGCCUGACGCACGCCAACGUCGUCCGGUAUUACUCGGCCUGGUUCGAGCAUUCUGAAUCGCAUCCGAAUCCUCGGCUCUUGGACGACUCCGGCAAAUCCUCGGCAGGCGAUACCCUCUCAAUUGUGGAAUCACUGUCGAUCCGGUCUGCAGGCGACUCGUCACCGACCCGACACCUGACGCUCUUCAUCCAGAUGGAGCUGUGUUCCUCAACCCUGCAGGACUGGCUCGUUCGACGCAACGCCAAGAGCAGCCAGCUCGACGAUGUCGACCAGGACGAGUGUCUGCGCAUCUUCACCGAGGUGGUCGAGGGCCUUGCCUAUGUUCACUCGCAAGGAUGUAUCCACAGAGACAUCAAGCCCAAGAAUAUCUACUGGAAGCCGGACGUCGCCGACGAUACAAGCACAGCCGCCAGGGGCCACUGGAAGAUUGGCGACUUUGGACUGGUAUGUGUGUCCUCCCUGACCGACAAGGCUCGCUCUGGAUGGGUUUGCCGCCUGGCUCGACCAUCCGUACGAUCUCUGAGAGUGUUGAUAUUCUAUGUUGACAUCACUGGGAUGUGUGUGGCCCCUCAGGUCACAGCGGCUGGCGAGAACCUGUUUCACCAGUCGACCCACGAAUCCCACCCAACGCCCCACAAUCCCGACCGGACAACUGGCGUGGGAACCGGAACGUACGCGUCGCCCGAACAGCUGCAUCCUUCCGAGAACGUGCCUUAUACCUCCAAGUCCGACGUGUACUCUCUGGGCAUCAUCCUGUUUGAGCUACUUCAGCCCUUCUCGACGGCCAUGGAGCGAGCCAUGGCUUUGAAGGCGCUGCGAGACGGCGUCCUGCCCGAAGCCUUUGUUCGAAAGUGGCCCAAGGAAACGACCCUGAUUCUGUGGCUCGCCUCUGCGGAUCCCUCACAGCGCCCAAGCGCCGAAGACCUGCUGAACUUUGAACUGCUGCAAUUUUCAUCGCGCGGCCAACAUGGCGCGGCGGGAUGCAAGGGAUCCAGCAUCGAGACGGUCAGUCGGGGAAUCCAAGUUGGACUCGGCGACAUCCGAGACGAUUUCUACUACAGCCAUUUACGCUCGAGGUCGUACGACCGGCUCCCCGUUGGCCAUGCUGCUGGCUGCAUGCCUCCGUCCGGUGAAGCACGGCAUCGCCCGCCACAUCCCGCUGCCGCGGGCGAGAGACUGACACAUCGCAGUCGGUCGCUGCGGAUGGAUCUUGCGAGACGCAGCGACGACUAUGCCGCCGCCGUUGAGCUCGCGCGCAAGGCAGAGAGCGACAAAGUCGCUGCCCAAAGGGAGAAUCUGUUGCUGAAAGAAAGAAUCAAGGCGCUCGAGAGUCAGCUGCAGCUGCAGCAGCGUGGCCACGAGAAUGGAGGACAGCUGAAGCUCUAG